AAUACGAGAGAAUUACAUUUUGCCGUCGUUCGCACAGUUCAUCUCGCGGCACGAAAAUUUAUAGCGACUUCAACACUAGCAGACACUUCCAAUUCUUCGCUGUAUCUGCUGUUGAUCGAUUAUCUUUCCUUCAAUUUCAUCGAUUGAUCGUCAAUUACUUGAUUCUUUCUCAUACAUGUAGAAUUUCUUCCAUUUUCAAUCGCAAACCGGGCAGACGACGAAGAAGAAGACGGAGGCUUAAGGAAUUGCAGCCAGUUUUCAGUUCCAUGGCUGCAGAAUUGAAGUCAAGCUUCUUAUUAUUAUACGUUUGUGUUUUGGUUUUCGUUUUGCUUGUAGUUCCAUUGGAUUCGGCACCUCAGGCUUUCAGGAGAGAUCCAGGACAUCCUCAUUGGCAUCACGGAGCCUUCCAUACUGUCCGAGAUAGUGUCCGAAACGAUGUUCGUCGGAUGCUUCAUUCACGAGCUGAGGUUCCCUUUCAGGUUCCACUUGAAGUGAACAUUGUCCUUAUUGGUUUCAAUAAUGAUGGAGCCUACCGGUACUUAGUAGAUGUACACAAGCUAGAAGAGUUUCUGAGAGCCAGCUUCCCGUCUCACAGGCCAUCCUGCCUUGAGACUGGCGAGCCCAUUGAUAUCGAGCAUCAUCUUGUAUAUAAUGCUUUUGCUGUAGGUCAGGCUGAAUUGAUAGCUCUUGAGAAGGCAUUGAAGGAGACCAUGAUUCCCGCUGGAACUGCAAGAGAGACUGAUUUUGGAAGAGAGGUACCUUUGUUCGAGGUUGAAGCAACAACAGUUGAACCGGUGUUUCAGAAGUUAUAUUCCUAUAUAUUUGACAUUGAUAAUGAGGGAUACUCUGCUGAGAGCGCUAGAGUUAUGCCAAUUGCCAUAUUUAUUGUCAACUUCGAUAAGGUCAGAAUGGACCCCAGAAAUAAGGAGAUCGAUCUUGAUAGUUUAAUGUAUGGUAAACUUGACCAGCUAAGUGAUGAAGAUAUGAAAAAACAAGAAGGUGAUUACAUUUAUCGCUAUCGAUAUGAAGGAGGAGGAGCAACUCAAGUUUGGCUGGGCUCUGGCAGAUAUGUUGUGAUUGACCUCUCAGCGGGCCCAUGCACAUAUGGUAAAAUUGAAACUGAAGAGGGAAGCGUCAGUACUAGAACUCUACCACGACUUAGGAACGUGCUAUUUCCAAGAGGAUUUGGUGCAGCUACUGAUCAUUCGACCCUUGAUAAUUUUAUGGGGGAACUUGCUGCCCUUAUAUCAACCACCAUUGAACAUGUCAUAGCCCCGGAUGUCAGGUUUGAAACUGUUGAUAUGACAACAAGACUGCUCAUACCCAUAAUCGUCUUACAAAAUCACAAUCGAUACAAUAUUAUGGAGAAAGGCCAUAAUUACAGUAUAAAUGUCGAAGCAAUCGAAGCAGAGGUUAAGAAGAUGAUUCAUGUUGGGCAAGAAGCAGUAAUUAUUGGUGGUUCACAUUUAUUACAUCGGCACGAAAAGUUGGCCGUAGCUGUUUCAAAAGCAAUGCGAAGCCAUUCCCUACAGGAAACAAAGAAUGAUGGUCGUUUUCAUGUUCAUACCAAGGUGUAUUUGGAUGGUGCUAUCCUUAGAGAAGAAAUGGAAAGGUCCGCCGAUGUGCUUGCUGCAGGUUUGCUUGAGGUGGCUGACCCAUCUUUAUCUGAUAAAUUUUUCCUUCGCCAGCACUGGAUGGAUGAAACUGAAGUUUCAGAUGAUUCAGUACUGAAACAUAAGCCUCUUUGGGCUACAUAUCAAUCAAAAGUUGGCAAGAAGGUGAAGAAAACUGAAAAAAAGCAGGGGGAUUUGCACCGAACUUAUGGAACUAGGGUGCUUCCAGUUUUUGUCCUAUCUUUGGCUGAUGUUGAUUCAAAACUCACGAUGGAGGAUGAAAGCCUGGUUUAUGCAAGCAAAGAUGUUGUAAUCGUACUCGAGCAUCAAAAUGAGAAGAUUCCUCUUAGUUAUGUUUCUGAAACACAUAGAAGACAUGCGGAUCCAUCGCAGGCACAACGUCAUAUAUUGGCUGGACUUGCUUCAGCUGUCGGUGGUUUGACUGCACCUUAUGAAAGGGCUUCUCAUGUUCAUGAGAGGGCAAUUGUAAAUUGGCUCUGGGCAGCUGGUUGUCAUCCAUUUGGCCCGUUCUCGAACACGUCUCAAGUCAGUCGAAUGCUUCAAGAUGUUGCAUUGAGGAACAUUAUAUAUGCACGUGUAGACUCAGCUCUUCACCGAAUCCGAGAUACAUCAGAGACUGUCCAAACCUUUGCAGCAGAACAUCUAAAAACUCCACUCGGUGAACCAGUGAAAGGCAAGAAGAACAAGACAACUACCGAGUUGUGGUUGGAGAAGUUCUAUAAAAAAACCACCAACUUGCCCGAACCUUUCCCUCACGAAUUGGUCGAGCGGCUCGAGAAAUACUUGGAUAACCUUGAGGAACAGCUCGUGGAUCUCUCAUCGCUAUUGUAUGACCAUCGCUUACAAGAUGCACAUCUGAAUAGUUCAGAAAUUUUCCAAAGCUCCAUUUUCACCCAGCAGUACGUGGAUUUCGUAUUGAGCGAAGAGAGGGAGAAGAUGCGAUGCUGCAGCAUUGAGUACAAAUAUCCGGUACAAUCUUCUCAAAAUUACAUCUAUGGAGGAAUUCUUCUAGCUGGGUUUGUUGUUUACUUUCUUGUUAUCUUCUUUUCAUCACCUGUGCGCUAACAAUAAGAAACAUAGAGUAAUCAUAUUUUAUUAUGUUAACACAAAAACAAAAAUUAUAUUUUGGUUUCUCAUGCCAAUAGGAAUUUAGAAAUUUUUUUAUCAUAUUGGCACAUAACUUUGAGAGUACAAUUAGAGAGCACAUUUUCACUUCACACGAUCAAUCAGAAAGAUUUUUUUUCUUCU